AUGUGCCCUGCGACACGAGCCGAAUUCGAGGUCGCAAUCAUCUGUGCCUUGCCGCUGGAAGCCAGUGCUGUCCUGGAUCUUUUCGAUGAGCAUUACGAUGACGAUGGCGAUAUCUAUGGCAGACAAGAGGGGGACUCAAAUGCAUACUCGACUGGACGAAUUGGUCAACAUGACAUUGUUCUAGCGCAUAUGCCGGGUAUGGGCAAGUCCAGCGCAGCCAGCGUGGCCUCCGGUCUUCGAUCGAGUUUCACAGGAGUCAAAAUCGCACUCAUCGUCGGUGUUUGUGGCGGUGUGCCCGUCUCGUCGCCAGAUGAGCCCAUCAUCCUUGGUGAUGUUAUCAUCAGCAAUUCAGUCAUCCAGUCCGACUUUGGCAGUCAAUAUCCGGGCCAUUUCGAAAGAAAGAGUACCGUCAAAGACACCCUUGGCCGACCGAACACAGACAUCAGGGCGCUUCUCAACAAGCUGGAGCAGGCAUCGGAAUCCAGCUGCGAUGCGCUUGGAUGCAACAGCCUUGCAAUUAUGGACAAUCCAGCUCGGCUCAAGCGUCUUGACGCGGAAAAUCCUCCUCCUCUGGUACAUAUCGGCAUCGUUGGUUCAGCAGAUACUGUCAUGAAGUCUGGUGAACAUCGCGACCACAUUGCUCAGAGAGACAACAUCAUCGCCUUCGAGAUGGAGGGCGCUGGUGUCUGGGACAAUCUACCAUGUGUCAUCAUCAAGGGCGUCUGCGAUUAUGCAGAUAGCCACAAGAACAAGCGGUGGCAAGGGUAUGCCGCUGCAACGGCCGCAUCAGCAGCAAAAUCAUUCCUCGACUACUGGACUCAAGCUGAUGUUGGAGCGCAAUCAGACUCGGCAACCACAGUCUCUGACAUGCGACAACUCAAGUUGGAUGCCCUCAACUUUGAGCAGCUGGAUGCGCGUCAUGCCACUAUCAAGAAGACACACACUGGAACAUGCAAGUGGCUGUUCAGCAAAUCUGAAUAUUUAGAUUGGCAAGAUGAACAAAAGCUCGAUGAGCACCACGGCUUUCUAUGGAUCAAAGGAAAACCCGGUGCCGGAAAAUCUGCAAUCAUGAAAUUUGCAUAUGCUGACGCGGAGGCGAAAGCGAAAGCAACAGACUCUGCGGUCAUUUCAUACUUCUUCAACGCCAGAGGUGAACAUUUAGAAAAGUCCACGUGUGGGAUGUACCGAUCUUUGUUGUUUCAGCUGCUCAACGAGGUGCCACGACUCCAAACGGUGCUUGACGCGAACAAGUCAAACCUGAAGGAUAUAAUCUUGAAUGUCGAAAGCCUACAAUCGCUAUUUCGCCAAGCCGUCGAAAGACUCGAUGACACGCACUUGACUUGCUUUGUCGAUGCGCUCGAUGAGUGCGAGAACAGCGAGGACCAAGUGCGAGAGAUGGUCAACUUCUUCGAGGAACUAGGAGAGCAUACUGUCGAAAACAGGAUCCGGUUCCUGGUGUGCUUCUCCAGCCGGCAUUACCCCCAUAUCACAAUCAACAAAAGUGUCGAAUUGAUACUGGAAGUCCAGCCGGGUCAUGUAGAAGAUAUUACAAAAUACAUUCAGUCAAAUCUCAAAGCUGGAAAGAGCGAACGUGUAGAGAAACUCAAGAUCGAAGUUCAAGAGAAAUCACAAGGUAUCUUCCUUUGGGUUGUACUGGUUGUGCCUAUGCUUCAAAAGGCAUGGAAUCGUGGCAAAGUGGAAACCCUCAAACAGUGUCUGCACGACAUCCCAGAAGAUCUCAACAAACUGUUCAAGGAUAUUUUGUGCAGGGAUACAGAAGACAUGGAAGGAUUAGUGCUCUGCUUGAAAUGGAUCUUAUAUGCAGGUCGGCCACUGCAACCUGAGGAGCUUCACUUCGCCAUCUUGUCUGGGACCAACCCCGAGUUGUUGACGCCUUGGGACUCCGUGGAUCUCACGUUAGGAGAUAUCAGCAGGUCCAUUCUAAGCUCAUCCAAAGGCCUUGCAGAACCUACGAAAACCAAAGUUCCAACAGUUCAAUUCAUCCAUGAAUCCGUGCGAGACUUCCUUCUCAAAGAGAAUGGACUUGCGCUGAUCCAGGACCAUAUCCACAACACUUCAGCGGGAUCUGCUCAUGAUCAUCUCAAGCAAUGUUGUCAAAACUACAUAAACAUUGCCGCCAUUGGCCAGAGCGAAGAAUCUCAGAGUGAGGAUAUAGCAAGGUUUCCAUUUCUCGAGUAUUCCAUUCGGCACAUUUUCAAACAUGCUGAGCUUGCAGCCAGUCACAUGGUAUCGCAAGAAACGUUCCUGACAAAUUUCGCUAUCGAUUCAUGGAUCAUCCUUCAUGACAUUGUCGAGAAACACAAGAUACGUCGCUACGGUCCUCAGACGAGCUUACUCUACGUUCUGGUAGAGCAAAGUACACUGCAUCUAUGCCAAACUGAGAUC